UUUAUAAUUUUCUUAUCACUUUUCCGAUAGAAUACAUUACACCUUUUUCCGUUAUUAAUGAGGCAAUGGAAUACGACCCUUCAAUUCAACAGGAAGAAUUAAGAGAAAUUGUAACUCGUGCUGUUAAUGAGUCAGCGGAUACAUAUUUUGAGGAUUCGGAGGCAUUGGAAAGAUUGAACAGAAUUUGUACACAGUUUAAUGAUGCCUUUGAAGGGGUUCGCAGUGUUAACAAUGUACAAGAAGCGAAAUUAAAAAUUAACCUUAACAAACAAAAAAUUGCUGAAAAUAUAGGUGACUUAAAAACGAAACUUAAACGAAGUUCCUCCGAUCACGCUUUUGAAUUACUCGAGAGGUUGAAUAGUUUACCAAUAAAAGAUUUAAAAUGGAAUGAUCCACUUGCUAGCCAGGUGAUAAGCGACGAAUCUAAAUUAGUUCAAAACCUGGAAGAGGCGUCAGAAAAAUCUUUUAUGGAGCCAUUUAAUAAGAUGCAA